AUGUCAAGUGAAUUGGCUAUGAUCAGGAAGAAACACUCCAUUGACAGGAACACAUCAGUCAAUCGUGAACGACUCUCAAAUGCAUCUAUUAUUGGUUUAUAUGUACUCAAAGGAAACUCCGUAGAGGUGAAGCUUCCUUCCAAAAAGUCGACCAACACAUUGCCCCAUUUGAUCAUUUCCAGGGCGGAAAUUGAUGGUGUUGAUGUGAACGAAAGAGUGAAGAAGAGAUAUGGCUUCGAUUACCCAACAACCAAAAAUGAACGAAGAAAUUGGGAAGUGGCGACAUACAAUGAGAUAGCAGACAGUGUAGCCGGUAAUUAUUACAAACUAACAAAGCGAUCUAACACCGUUAAAACUCUCAAGCUCAAAAUUUUUAAGGAAAUUGGACCGUUGAAUAAAGAAGGUGUUGAUGUCUUUGGUAGAAGAGUCACUGAUUAUAUUAUCUCUCAAAACAAGAGCCGAAUGUGGUCUCAAAACAACUUCGUCAAGCUUGAAGGGUAUGACCAAACUAUAUCUUCUAUAUUCAAAGAAGUGUGCACCAACUGUCUGAACGUUACAUACAAUUCCAUUAGUCCAAGUGUCGUCUUUUCUUCUGUUGAAGAGUCCGAAAAAAGUCGAGUUAGUACGUCUUUUGGUGAAAAUGAGAGUUAUUCAGAAACUCAAAGAGUGAAGUGCGCGUUUGUAUAUUCUCAACAAGGAAGUUACGUUGUAGAGAAUGCCAAUUGGUUCUGA